UGCAGACUGAGCCGAUGUCACAAGGCCUGGUUUCACCUUGUCAGGACUGAGAAAUAACAUCUUUACUCACAUUGCCACUGUAUCAGGGCCAAGGGCUCAGCAUGGAGCUGAGUGAGUACCGGCUCACAGCCUGUACCUCAGGAGUAGGAAUAGGGAGUAGGGAAUGGUAGUGACAGGUGAGAAAGAUCCAGGAAUAAUAAGAUAAUAAUAAGAUAAAAGCGGAAGGACGGCAAACAGCGCCUGUGAAGGAACAGUUUCGCUUCUGAUUGGCGGCUCCGCGGUGUCAGCCGUUCAGAGCUGCCUCUCUGAGGGCGGCGCUGCGGCCUGACCCGGCUGGAAGCGAAAUGAGUCGCCUUGUUCCGUGUUUGCGUUCACGGCUCCUCCACAUCGAUUUAGGGCUGCUCCGUGUCUCGCUGGCGGCCGGUCCGUGUCGUGGCACGGCGAGCUGCGGUGGCACCACCGAUUUAAGCAUGGAGGAGCUGCUGAGCCGCUCCGUGCCGCCUCUGCCUCCCUACGAGACCAAAGAGAAGGCGCCGCCCCCGUUGGAGCUGCGCAGCGCGGAGUUUAUGCGGUAUUACCGCGGCCUGGCCGGGCCGAGCCGCGCUGAGCUCCUCACCCUCUUGGCCCGCGACUUCGGUGUGGACCACGGGCGGGUGGCGGAGUUUAGUGCUAAAGUAUUGCAGGCCCGAGAGCAACAGAGGGAGUUGGGAGCCCUGCUGCAGGCCGAGGACAGGCUGCGGUACUACCUGAACCCGCGGUACCGGGGGUUGUUCCAGCACCUGGGACGCCUGGAGGGUGGGCUGCGCUUCUUGGUGGAGCUGAGAGGAGACCUGGUGGAAGGGCUGGCGAGCAAGGCGGUGGAUGGGCCUCAUGUCAAGGAGAUGAGUGGUGUUCUAAAGAACAUGCUCUCAGAGUGGUUUUCAACGGGAUUCCUAAAUUUGGAGCGUGUGACGUGGCAAUCACCUUGUGAAGUGCUCCAGAAAAUCAGUGAUUCUGAAGCUGUGCAUCCUGUUAGAAACUGGGUUGAUAUGAAGCGUCGUGUGGGGUCAUAUAGAAGAUGCUACUUUUUUUCUCACUGUGCAAUCCCAGGAGAACCAUUGAUAGUUUUGCAUGUUGCCUUAACCAGUGAUAUCUCCAGCAGCAUCCAGGCCAUUGUGAAAGAAGUGGAACCUCUAGAAGCAGAAGAUGCAGACAAAAUUACAACAGCAAUUUUCUACUCAAUCAGUUUGACUCAGCAAGGACUGCAGGGGGUGGAACUUGGGACUUACCUCAUCAAACGUGUGGUAAAGGAAUUACAGAAAGAACUUCCUCAGAUAAAAACUUUUUCUACUCUGUCGCCUAUCCCCGGGUUCACAAAAUGGCUCGUUGGUCUCCUCUCCUCGCAGACAAAAGAACUGGAAAAGAACGAACUUUUUACAGAAUCAGAACGCCAAGAACUGUCUCAGAUCACAGGAGACCGUACAACCGAAACACUAAAGAAGCUCUUAAAUAACAACGAAUGGGUGCGAUCAGAAAAACUAGUCAACACGCUCCAUUUGCCGCUUAUGAGACUGUGUGCCUGGUAUUUGUACGGGGAGAAACACCGUGGCUAUGCACUGAACCCAGUAGCAAACUUUCACCUUCAGAAUGGCUCCAUGUUAUGGCGGAUAAACUGGAUGGCAGACACGAGCCCUCGGGGCAUUGCUGCUGCCUGUGGCAUGAUGGUGAACUACCGGUAUUUCUUGGAGGAUACGGCCAGUAACAGUGCAGCCUAUUUGGGGACAAAAGCCAUUAAAGCCUCAGAGCAGGUUCUUUCCUUGGUGUCACAGUUCCAGCAGAAUAGCAAACUUUAAAACUAAGGACGAGUGUUUUUCACUUAUAAAGAGCUGUCAUAUUUUGCAGUGUCUGUAUUUAAGUGCGAUCAUCCCUUAUAAAACAAAUUUACUCAGCACGGCAGGGUACAAAAUUAUCUAAAUUAUCAACUGUCUUGCUUGCAUUGCCAUAUAUUCAAAGCCUGAUUUGUUGCAGUUGAAUCACUUGAAGUACUAGACAUCUGUUGUGUACAAAUGAAUUGGAGGUAUGUAUUAAGGAGCGAGCAAAUUCUCUCAAACAAUUACAAUCCAAUGGUAACUUGUAUGGCUGAAGUAAUUUCCAUACUAUUAUUCUGUUGGUAAUAAACGUGUAUAAAUGACA